GCACCGCACCGCACCGCACCGCACCGCAGAGAGGCUGCCUCUGCCUCUGCCGCUGCCGCUGCGUCCUCCUCGCAUCUCCCCCUGGAUUCGAGCAUUAUUCAGCAGGACUUUUUAGCGUCCGCUGUCCACCGCCGGACUCUCUCCUCUCGGAUUUAACCAGAACCCACCGCGACUGGCAUCCACCUGGUUUCGUUCACAACCGUCUCGACCUCGGCAUUUCCGCAUUUCGACGUCUGAUGCUCCGUCUUCCCGGCAGCUCCUCUUGCUCAGUGUCUCCAUGGUGAAGUGGGCAGGGUCUGAUGUCAGCCCCUCCUUGUUCUGCUGUUGCCCCUCCCGCCAUGCCCGCCAUGGUUUCUAGGCUGCCCAAGUUUGGUUCGCGGGCCAAAUCCUCCACAGACUCCAACGGCGUUCAGGCGGGUCCAGCUGCCUCCGCGCACGCCGGCAUCUUCGCCGGUGCCGGCGCUGCCGCUUCCAGCACCCGCCUCACCAACGGGUUCUACCAUCACCCCGGCCCGGCAGGGGUCGACGGCGGUUUGGCCGCGCCCCCCUCCUCUGGUAUUAAGCAUGGAUUUAUCAGAGUGCCGACUUCUUUUUCCAUGAAAUGGAGGAAAGAAAAUGGGACGACGGAGGAUGGAGGGGCCGAUGCGGAGAGAGAGUGGAGAAGAGGAAAGGGCGGGAAUGUCGGGCAGAAUCGCCCCGGUAACAACAUCUAUCAGUAUUAUUCCCAACGGCAACAGGGAUCACCGGCGGUGUCGCAGCGUGACGGCAAAAAACCGACGGCAGCCUCCGCGGGGAAGGGGCGCGGUUUUGGCCAGCUUGUGACAUCCCCAUCCCCACCACCGCAGUCCAGCCCCAGAACUGUUCCUCUUUCUAAAAGUGGAUCAUACGGUUACAAACCGAGCCAGGCUGCAUCCGGGCUGACCAACGGCACAAAGCAGACCCUAAACGGUCUUCCUGGAUCUAAACCGCGGAGCGGAACUAAUGGUUCUCUAAGGCGGCCACAGAGUUUUGUUCGCCCUGUUGGUUUAAGGCCAGGUUCUGGUCCUGGUUCUCGAUCCAGCUCCCCCCUUCAAAAGAAACCGUCAGCCGGCCGCUCACACUCCAGCGAAAGCCUUGGGUCCGCUCCGCCCGUCCAGCUGACUGAAAGCGAUCGGUUUCGGUCACGCAGCCUCAACCAGGUCAGACAGCAGCCCUCCCCCACCCUCACCCCUUCCUCCACCUCCUCCUCCUCCCUCCCUCGAUCCCCCACUGUCACCCGUUCCUACUCCAUCAACAGGGCUGCCGAGCGAAGACUCAAAGAGCUGACGGCUUCCUCCGCUCAGGCUCCGAGAGGCGGCCUGGCAAAAUCACCAGAGGGAGGAGGCAACGGUGGAGGGGUCAAAGUUCAAAGUGCGGUCGCUUCAGGGAUGUCAUGGGUCAGCAUUCCCUCCCUCCUACCCCCCUCUGCCUUAAAGAAACCCCUCCUACCCAGCCUUGACCCUGCCUCUAAGCCCAGUGGCGUCAGCUAUAAGAUGUCACGCCCGUCACUCACCAAGCAGCCCCGCCCGCUCCGGGCGACCCCGGCCAAUGUGUCCGGAGGUGACCCUGAAGUAAACCAAGGACCAACAGGAUGGAGGAACUCCAUCGAGAUGCCUUCUACUACAGAAAACAGCCCAGAAAGUACCCCAGAGGCUCCGGAGCCAGGGGGGCUGUCGACAGAGCCGAUAUCCCAGACAGAAGUGUCGAUUGUGGGGGAGACGCUGGAGGACAUGUCCCUGUCCUCAACCUCCUCUCUGGAUAGAAACGACACCAGUCAGGAGUAUAUGGACGACUUUGACAACCUCGGAAACGGAGGAGUUGGCAUAAUGCUUCUCUCCUCAAAAAAUGAUGAAGACGACUCAGGGCUCGACCAGUCAUGUGCCAGGUUUGAUGACGACAAGGUGGACAUUAACGGCGUUACCAAGGCAACGGGACUCUGUUUCCUGGACGACGGUAUGGACUGGGCCGGCAUGAGACUGAGCGGUGAUCGAGGGGAGCAUCGUCUGACCCAACUCUCGCGCCGGAGAAGUUCUAGUCAGCAGGAUUAUCACGACCAGGGUGGUUCGUCCCUGGACCUGUCCCCCUCCGACAGCUGUGGGUCUGGGGGAACCUACUUGUGGGACGAGGAGGGUCUGGAGCCUCUGGGGGGUGCCGUCACAACUGCCUCCAACAGCAACACCACCCACCACAUCGGGAGCUUUGACUCGGACCUCAACAGCAUCGACAUCUUGAACAACCUGGACUCCUGCGAUCUGGAAGAUGAUGACCUCAUGCUGGAUGCAGACUUAGCAGAAGACGCCUCACUGCACAGCGAUGGAGACGGGAUGUCCCACAUGGCUCAGUGGAGGAGGAGACAGCUCUGCUGGGGAACGCAGGAUGUUCACAAUGACAAUGAAAGUGACUUCCAGUGUUACAAGCUAACUGAGGAUCCUGGGAAUAAGAGGAUGGACAUGACCAGGGACAGUGACCUCAUUCUGGCCCUCUGUCCUUCAAGGUCCCCCUACCUGUCUCCUGGUUCUCCUGGUUUGGGUCUGGAUGUGGAGGAACUGGCUGAAGACUGUUCUGCAGUCCGAUCACAGCUGGAGUACCUGCAGAGGUUACUGCUGCAGCAGGAGGAUGUGGACGAUGUCACUGUGACCACAGACACACCGAUGGCUGAGGACAACGACUCGUCCCGCUGCUCUGACACACAGGUGCAGGCUCUCCUGCAGGAGGUGCAGCAGCUCAGAGAGGAGCUGAGGAGCCGAGACCGAACCAUCGCACAGCUCACACUGCAAAUGACUGUUCCCACGGUGACGGCCAGGUGUCAUUACCAGGAGAUGACAGGAAGGAUGGAUCGUCACACACAGACGAGUGUGACGGAGAGAGAGAGCGUGGCCUCGCAGACACCCUGGAAAGAGCACACUGCUUGUAAGGAUGUCUCGUCCAUUGCGGCCAUCUAUGCCAUCUAUACGAUGUAAGGCUCCGGAAUAGCUACUGAAUGGACCUUGUGAGUGAAGCCGCUACGUCUCCGUUCGGGGAAAUCGUGUCCGGACAUGGCUGAGGACUGAGGUUGUCGUGAUUGCCGGUUAACAUACUGACCUUCGUGAAUUUGAUGACACUGGGCUCCACGUGAGACACGCGCCUUUUACCGCACCUUGAAUCCUCAGGGUAACGCACGGCAAUGUCUGGUAACGGCGUUGGAUCGCCAGACUGUUUGGCAGUAGUUGAAAACCCCCAGUCAGCAGUCAAAUAAGCAGGCCUGAUUUUACAAAGGGUCCAGGAUAAAGCACAGGUGGUGAACUAGUGCAGGUGCAGCCUACAGCCUGUGACAGAAAGGUGUUCAACUGUUUACAUUUAACAAAUCCGGACCAGCAGUUGGUUUGUCGUAGCCUCUGUCUCCGUAGGUUUAAUGACUGUGGAAUAGGUCGGUGGUUUUAUCCUAAAUCCCUCUCAUUUAAAGCCCUUCAACCUCUCAACCUCUGUAUAAGUUUGGUCCCAUUUAUAAAAUAAAUAAAAUAAUGCACAACCAACUUGCAUUACUAAGCAGAAUACCCCCACAACCCAAACAUGGGCAUGCUACCCUACAAAAACUAAACCCUGUGAAAGAACGAAUCCCUUGCAGAACACCUUAGUGAUCUCACUUUGUGUUUGUGAGUCUGUGGUCAUCAGCCUGUUCUCUUGAUACGUUUACUUUUUUGAUUUUAGUGCUGCUCCCUGUAUUAAAAGACCAGUCGGUCAAUUUGGCAGCGGCGUGCAGGUUCGACUCAUGGGUUUAUAUUUGGA